AUGACAACCUCCCCAUCCGCUGGUCUCUUGGCGGCCCUGUUCAUGGGUAUCGCUCCCGGAUACAUCUCGCGUUCCGUUGCCGGAAGCUACGAUAACGAAGCCAUUGCUAUUUUCCUUCUUGUCUAUACCUUCUACCUCUGGAUCAAGGCCCUCAAGCUCGGUUCCAUGUUCUGGGGUGCCCUCUGCGCUCUGUUUUAUGGUUACAUGGUUGCCUCGUGGGGUGGCUAUGCCUUCAUCACCUGCUUGCUGCCUCUCCAUGCGUUUGUUCUCAUCAUCAUGGGCCGUUACAGCUCUAGGCUAUACGUGAGCUACACCACUUGGUAUGCCCUCGGCACUCUGGCCAGCAUGCAGAUCCCCUUCGUUGGCUUCAACCCUGUGAAGACCAGCGAGCACAUGCCUGCCCUCGGUGUCUUUGGCCUCGUCCAGCUUCUCGGAUUUGUCCAGUACGUGCGGUCUUCCAUCAGCAGCCGACAGUUCCAGUCCUUCCUGUGGGCUUUCGUCGCCGGCGUCACCGUUCUCGGUGCCGGUUCCAUUGUCCUGCUCACCUCUCUCGGCUACAUUGCGCCCUGGAGCGGCCGAUUCUACUCUCUCUGGGAUACCGGUUACGCCAAGAUCCACAUCCCCAUUAUUGCCUCAGUUUCCGAGCAUCAGCCCACCGCCUGGCCUGCUUUCUUCUUCGACCUCAACUUCCUCAUUUGGUUGUUCCCCGCCGGCGUUUACCUCUGCUUCGACAAGCUUAUGGAUGAGCACGUUUUCAUCAUUGUUUAUGCGCUCUUUGGCAGCUACUUCUCUGGUGUCAUGGUCCGUCUGAUGUUGACCUUGACCCCCGUUGUCUGCGUUGCCGCGGCUAUUGCCCUGUCUCGAAUUAUCGAUACCUUUGUCGACGUCGCCUCUCCUAACCCCGCCAACUACGCAGCCCAAGAAGAAGGUACCGAUGGCGGUGCGGCAAAGAAGGCCAAGUCAAGCAGCUUGAGGUCUACGAGCAAGCCUUACGUCGGCAUCUUCUCGGUUGUGUCCAAGCUUGCCAUGAUUGGUUUGACCCUCACCUACCUGGUCGUCUUUGUUCUUCACUGCACUUGGGUUACCUCCAAUGCGUACUCGUCCCCGUCCGUUGUUCUCGCCAGUCGCAUGCCUGAUGGCUCGCAGCACAUCAUUGAUGAUUACCGUGAAGCCUACCAGUGGUUGCGACAGAACACCAAGGAGGACGCCAAAAUCAUGUCGUGGUGGGAUUAUGGUUAUCAGAUUGGCGGAAUGGCCGAUCGCCCCACCCUUGUUGACAACAACACGUGGAACAACACCCAUAUUGCCACAGUCGGCAAGGCAAUGGCUUCCCGCGAGGAGGUCAGCUACCCCAUUAUGCGCCAGCAUGAGGUUGACUACGUGCUUGUUGUCUUUGGCGGUCUUCUGGGCUACUCUGGCGAUGAUAUCAACAAGUUCCUCUGGAUGGUCCGCAUUGCGGAGGGCAUCUGGCCUGACGAGGUUCAGGAGCGUGCCUUCUUUACACCCCGAGGCGAGUACAAGGUUGAUGACGGCGCUACUGAUACCAUGAAGAACAGCUUGAUGUACAAGUUGUCUUAUUACAACUACCACACCCUGUUCCCUCCUGGUCAGGCCAUGGACCGCGUCCGAGGCUCCCGGUUGCCAGACAAGGGUCCCGUUCUCGACAGCCUCGAGGAGGCUUUCACCAGCGAAAACUGGAUCAUCCGCAUUUACAAGGUCAAGGAUCUCGAUAACCUCGGCCGAGACCAUGGAUCUGCGGCUGCGUUUGAGAGGGGUCAGAAGAAGAAGAAGGCAAGCAAGAAGCGGGCCCAGCGUGUCCUUCGUGUUGACUAA